AUGAACAGAGCUUUACAUGCUAAAUGGGUUUGGAGAUAUGAGAAAGAAAAGAAAGCUCUUUGGAGGUCUAUCAUUCAUCAAAAAUUUGGAGGGCAUGUAGAUGCUUUAGUGCCAAAUGACUGUUCUAAACCUGUAGGAAAAAUUCUUUGGACUGGGAUCUUAAAGUCAAAGCCAAUCGUGCAGCUUUCAAGAAACAAGCAUGCAACUGUAGGUGAAAUGAUGGAAUUCACUGAGGGUAAUCAAGCUUGGAACCUAAAUUUCUCUAGAGUGCUCAAAAAUGAUGAAGUAGAUAUGGUGGCAAAUUUACUUCAGCUUAUAAGCAAUCCUCACAUAGCUGAAAAUGGUGAUGACACAAUAAUAUGGAUUCCAGGGAAUGCAUUCUCUGUAAGAUCAUGUUAUUUGGCUUUACAGGAUGAUGGUUUUCUCAGGUUUCCUUACAAGAGCAUUUGGAAUCCAAUAAUUCCAAUGAAGGUUAUUUUCUUUGCUUGGUAUUUUUGUUAUAAUGCAGCUCCUACUCUUGAUUCAAUUGGGAAAUCCAUUGUGAUUAAUGCCUGUAUUUUGUGUAAGAAAGCUCCAGAAACAAAUACUCAUUUAUUUUUGCACCGUGAGGAGACAGGAAAAUUGUGGAAUUUUUUCUUCAACAGCUUCAAGACCCAUUGGGUUUUUGGAAUUGAUGUUAGAACUACUAUGUGGGAGUGGUGCAGAAAGAAAAGGAAGUCUUUAAAAAGAAGACUGUACUUUUGCAAUUUGGUGGACAAUGUGGAAUGA